GGAGGCGUCCGAAGCGGCCCAAGAGGGCCCCCGCAACCAUUCUGGCUCGAGCCAUCUCGGCGAACUUGGUUUGGAGAUCGCGAGAGGCGCCCGCAUGGGCGCUCGAGCUGCCGACCGGGUGCUGAGUGCGAGGUCGGGGUGGUCGAUGACUUCCAGCGAGGUGUACCGCGCGCAGGGCGGCGAGGCGGGGGACGCCGCUGCGGAGGAGCUCUCGGGGUGGCUCUCGCAGGCGCUCGCCGAGGAGAGGCAGGCCCUCCGCUCCGCCCUGGAGAGGAGCCAUUGGGAGAGCCGGGCCGCGCUGGACGAGGAGCUGGGCAGGAGACACAGGGCGUUGACCGCGCAGUUGCGGCAGCGGUGCCAGGCACAGCAGGAGUGCGGAGGCCCCGACUGCCUCCCCGGCGUGCCGUUGGAGGGCAAGGCAGAUGGUUGGGCGAGCCACACGACGACCAGCUGCACGCCGCCCCCUUCGAAUCAGACCGUGGUGGUGCUGCAAGAGUUCGCUGGUGACCGCGCCGCGUCCGCUGCUGACGUCGUGGACAAAAAGGGUUACCCAGAUGCCACGUUCAGUGUGGAUGGUCUCGAGCAAGGCAGUCGUUCACCCACAAGGUCAAUUAGCACACAGAACGUGCAGAAGCGAGUUAACACGGUGCUCUUCAACGAAAAGGACGGCGACGUUCAACAGAAAGGACGGUGGGUGGAAUUCGUCGAAGGCGCUUUCUUUGAAACUUCCAUGGCCGUCCUCAUCAUGUUGAAUGGCUUGCAAAUGGCCUUCGAGGUGCAACAUGCAGGGCUCAUUCGCGGGCAUGCCCUGGAAUACCGCGAUUAUGCCCACAACCCAAAUCCUUGGCAGGGGGCAGAGCAUCUUUGGGAGGCACUCGGCAUAUUCUUUGGUAUCGCCUUCACAUUCGAGGUGUCCCUCAAGAUCGUCGUCUUGCGCUGCAAGUUCUUCAAGUCCUGCUGGAACUUAUUCGACCUCUUCGUGGUUCUCUGCUUCCUCGUCGAGUCGUCGGCCGUGGUGCAGGGGGGCUUGGGGGAAACGACCGCCCUCCGACUGGCCCGGCUGGCCCGCUUGUUGCGCUUGGUGCGCGUGGUCAGGAAGAUGCAUGGCUUCGACACGCUGCUUCUUAUGACCACCGCGCUCCAAAGCAGCUUCUACGUCCUUGCCUGGUCCUGCAUGCUGCUCUUCAUAAUCCAAGCGAUGGUCGCCUUCUCUAUCAACCAGAUCCUAGAAGAGUUUUAUUACGGUGACCACCACCCGCUGGAGGAGCAGGAGGAGGUGUUCGAAUACUUUGGGAGCUUCUCCCGGGCGCUGCUUAGCACCUUCGAAAUGACGUUGGCGAACUGGCCGCCAGUGUGCCGAUUGUUGAUGGAGAACGUGAGCGAGUGGUUCAUGGUGAUUUGUCUGCUCCACAAGCUCACAGUUGGCUUCGCCGUCAUCGGAAUCAUCAAUGGCGUCUUCAUUCAGGAAACAUUCAGGACUGCUGCCGAGGACGAUUUCAUCAUGAUGCACCAGAAGGAGUCGUCGACGCGAACUCACAAAAUCAAGAUGCGGAAGCUUUUCGAAGCCGGGGACACGUCUGGCGAUGGUAAGUUGGACAAGGAAGAGUUCUUGGAAUUGACGCAGAAUAGUGAGGUCAAGAUGUGGCUGUCGUCCAUGGGGCUCGACGCUUCAGACGGGGAAGCACUGUAUGAUUUCAUGGAUACUGACAAGAACGGCGACGUGAGCGUCAAGGAGCUGAUCGACGGGGUGUCGAAGUUGAAGGGGGCGGCGAGGAGCCUGGACCUGCACAUGUGCCUGAAGAGGCAGGACGAGCUGCACCAGGCUCUGCGGAGCAUGCACCCGGAGAUUGGGCAGCGCCUGAAGGAUCGUUGACGUGGGCGGGUUUUCGCGAGCGAUCGUGCAUUUGCAGAUUGAGGUGCUUCUGCCUCAGCCCCUGAGCCUCAGAGCCCGUGCACGGUGAUCUCAGACGCCUGCGAAGCUGAGGGUGUCAAUCCGUUGGAUCACCACCAGCUGUGGCUGCCUGACGCGCCACGCAGGCGGACCAUCCCGCAGAAGCCUUGCAGGAUGACCAGGAUGCACGACUGCCGUCUCUUUUCAGGCCUUCCUCCCUUUCUUCCUGCUCCCUUUUCUCCUCAUAGCUUGCGUCGGCGUUUCGUAUCGUAUCCCCCUCUCCUGUCAUCUUUGUUACAGAAUGCGCAGCGAAUUGGCCCGGCAAUCACGCCAAUGUGCGUGCAUCAAUCAAGCGAUCAGGUUAUUGCGUCAUCGGACCUUUUCCGCUCCGACUCAUCCCUCCUUCUCUUUGCGCCCUUCCGCCCUCUUUUCCCUGGGCUUUGUGCGGACUUUUCACGGCAUACCUCUGGCCUCGCACGGGAGAGCCUCAGGAUGGGUCAGUUGUGGCAUCGCGGUAGUUGCCUUCGCCGAGACGGUCUCCCGUUGCGCGCACGGCGCUUCCAGCAAGUGCGUGCCCUGCUUUUCCUGCUCCUCAUCACCCUCGGCUCCAUCAGUCUUUACAGUGCUCAAUCGGUCAGACGUGGGCCCCGGCACCUGGGAGCCGCCUCGCAGAAAUUGUUGACUACGAGCUCGGCGGGUACUCGGUGUGUGGUGGCGCGGGGAGGGUG